AUGGAUGAAGCUCUUUGGUCUUUCCUUCAAAGCAGCCCUGAAACUUCUGUCCCUUUCCCAUGGGAGCGGUGCUUUGAUCAGACCCAGUUACUGUUCUAUAGAAACAUAUUAAAUGGGUCAAUGGUGGUUGAUCUAAGGAGCCAGGUGAAUCUGGGAGGUGGUCUGUUCCACCUGAGCAGCAUUUGGCAUGACCUCACAGGCCGCAGCUAUGACCAUCGUCCUCUCUUAGUCGCAAAUCAAUAUGAGCAAGGCCCUGGCUUUCUGAUUGGUGCUACCUGUUGUGGCCCUCUGGCGUAUUUGCUUGUGCCAGAAAUGGUCCACUGCUGCCCUCUCUGUGAUUCUUAUGUAUUCUAUUUCGGUUAA